AUGCUUCACCCGAGAAAGGAGUUUGUUAUUGAUACUACAGGUACUGAAAAGGAGUCUAGCAAGCAGGUGGAGCUAGAGAGCUCAACUUCAAAGAGAGUGCUUGAGGGCGCUCAUGUUGAACCAGUUGAUACUGCGGAAGGCAACAAUGAGCAAAUAAAUGAACCACAUGUUAGAAAUGCAUCGGACAGUAAUUUUGGCGAAGAUGGAAUGGACGAAGUUGAAGCUGAAUUUAAACAUUAUCUAAACCAAAGCUUCCGAUCACUAGAGGAUGAUAUAGAGUUUUACCGAGAGUAUGGACGUAAAAGUGGGUUUGAGAUCAGACGACAUACAGAGAAGAAACAUGAGGACGGUACAGUUCUUCUUAAACACAUUCUUUGCAGUAGAGCUGGCAGUAAUGAAUCAAAGAUGGAUGUUGAUUUUGAGGAUUCUAGUAGCAAUGUGAAAAAGAGAAAGAGAAUUGUAUCUAGUAGAUGUGGUUGCAAAGCUAAAGUCAUUUUUAAGUUCGAUGGUUUGAAAGGAUAUAAUGUUCUCUCAUUCGUUGAAGAGCAUUCUCAUCGUUUGGUGUCCGGGAGUAGGAAACAAUUUUUGAAGUCAAAUAGAGUUAUGGGUCUCGCACAUAAGAAACUUGUAUUUGAUGGUGCAAAAGCCAACAUGGGACCUAACAAAACAUAUAACUUUGCUAAGGAGUUGUGUGGAAGUUAUUCUAAUGUUGGUGCUACGUGUACCGAGUUUAAAAAUUGGAGUAGGGAUGUGAAGCUUUAUAUUGGUGAUCGAGAUGCUCAAAUGAUCAUCGAGAAGUUCACGGAUAAGAAGGAGAUGUGUGAUGGAUUUUUCGAUGAUUAUGCAGUCGAUGAAGAUGGUCGAUUAACUCGCAUUUUUUGGGCAGAUGUUAUUGGACGAAGAAAUUACGAUGUAUUUGGAGAUGUGAUAUCAUUUGACUCUACAUAUGCCACAAACAAGUACAACAUGAAGUUUGUUCCAUUCACUGGGCUAGACAAUCAUAAGAAGUGUGUUGUAUUUGUAGCAGGAUUGAUAGCUAAAGAGGACAUUGAUAACUAUGUCUGGGUUUUUGAGGUAUUCAUGAAAUGCAUGAUUCGCGAGCCAAAAUGUAUUGUUACAGAUCAGUGCCCUGCCAUGAAGCAAGCUAUACCAACCAUCUUUAGAGAAGCACGUCACCGUUUGUGCAUGUGGCACAUCAUGAAGAAAUUUAAUCAAAAGUUGGCAAAAUGCAUUUUGAAGAUGGAUGAUUUCAAGAGCAAGAUAAAUGCACUGAUUUGGAGUACAGAUAUAGAUCCAGCAACAUUUGAAGUGGGUUGGAACGAUGUUAUGAAAUAA